GCGACCGCGUUCAUGUUCCGCCCGGAGCAGCCGCUGGCCGAGGGCAGCUUCGCGCCCAUGGGCUCCCUGCAGCCGGACGCGGGCAACGCGAGCUGGAACGGGACCGAGGUGCCGGGGGGCGGCGCCCGGGCCACCCCUUACUCCCUGCAGGUGACGCUGACGUUGGUAUGCUUGGCUGGCCUGCUCAUGCUGUUCACUGUGUUCGGCAACGUGCUGGUCAUUAUCGCCGUGUUCACGAGCCGCGCACUCAAGGCGCCCCAAAACCUCUUCCUGGUGUCUUUGGCUUCGGCCGACAUCCUGGUGGCCACGCUGGUCAUCCCAUUCUCGCUGGCCAACGAGGUCAUGGGCUACUGGUACUUUGGCAAGGCGUGGUGCGAGAUUUACCUGGCGCUCGACGUGCUCUUCUGCACGUCGUCCAUCGUGCACCUGUGUGCCAUCAGCCUGGACCGGUACUGGUCCAUCACUCAGGCCAUCGAGUACAACCUGAAGCGCACGCCGCGCCGCAUCAAGGCCAUCAUCAUCACCGUGUGGGUCAUCUCGGCCGUCAUCUCCUUUCCACCGCUCAUCUCCCUCGAGAAGAAGGGCAGCGGCGGCGGCCAGAAGCCGGCAGAGCCGAGCUGCAAGAUCAACGACCAGAUGUGGUACGUCAUCUCGUCGUGCAUCGGCUCCUUCUUUGCGCCCUGCCUCAUCAUGAUCCUGGUCUACGUGCGCAUCUACCAGAUCGCCAAGCGUCGCACCCGGGUGCCGCCCAGCCGCCGGGGUCCGGACGCCGCCGCCGCGCCGCCCAGGGGCGCCGAGCGUAGGCCCAAUGGCCUGAGCCCCGGGUGCGUGGCGGGCCCCGAGGGCGCGGAGGCCGAGCCGCUGCCCACCCAGCUCAACGGCGCCCCCGGGGAGCCCGCGCCGGCCGGGGCGCGUGAGGCCGACGCGCUGGACCUGGAGGAGAGUUCGUCGUCUGAGCACGCCGAGCGGCCCCCGGGGCCCCGCAGGUCCGAGCGCAGACCCAAGGGCAAGGCCCGGGCGAGCCAGGUGAAGCCCGGGGACAGCCUGCCUCGGCGUGGGCCGGGGGCUACCGGGGCCGGGGCGCCGGCGGCCGGGCCGGGGGAGGAGCGCGGCGGGGGCACCAAGGCGUCGCGCUGGCGCGGGCGGCAGAACCGCGAAAAGCGCUUCACGUUCGUGCUGGCCGUGGUCAUCGGCGUGUUCGUGGUGUGCUGGUUCCCCUUUUUCUUCACCUACACGCUCACGGCGGUCGGCUGCCCGGUGCCGCUCACGCUCUUCAAGUUCUUCUUCUGGUUCGGCUACUGCAACAGCUCGCUGAACCCGGUCAUCUACACGAUCUUCAACCAUGACUUCCGCCGCGCCUUCAAGAGGAUCCUCUGCCGGGGUGACAGGAAGCGGAUCGUGUGAACACUGCGCCGCGCCCCGCGUGAACUCCCGCCUGCCACGGACAACCCGCUUCCAGGAGGGGCGCGUGUAGCCCUGCACUCAGAAACCCAAAUUCUGCCCACUUGGAGUUUCCUGACUUGGGGGUUGCUCUGUGGCUUCUGCGUGCAUCUUGCUGUUGGUACACAGGAAAAGUUCUGGCUGGAGCCAUUUGUUGUUAUGGCCGCUCCUGACCUGGAGCUGGCUUCUUGGUGGCCGUCCCAAAUCAGUAUUGUUUCCAUUUUCUCUCCUGGCCGACCCUCAUGCUCUUCAGAGCAAACCCUGGACUACAGAGGGCAUGUCUCCCAGAGGGUUAAUGGAUGGGGUUUACCUAGUCUGGCUAAUGCCCCCAUACCUUUGUUUGUUAAGAAAACAAACAAACAGAACCCCAGCACAGGGUAGCCCUGCUCACACUCCCCAGCCCCACAUUGUAAAUAUACACUAUUUUUGAUAGUACAUGCGGGGGUCCCCAUUGUCGUUUGGCCCUGGUUUUGAUGUUGGAAUCCUGGCCUUCCGUAGAUGUGCACUCCAGAGCAGGCACAGAGUCUGGUUCAGGCCAAGUCCCUUUGCAAUGCAAGCGGUUUUCUAGUGUCACGCCCCUCCAUGUCCUUUCCACCAGCAGCUGGUGACUUGCUUUGAGAUUUCCUGACAGGGAAAAGAUUUCUGUCCAUUUUUUCCUGUGCCUAACAGCAUAAUUGCCUUUUCCUAUGUAAAUAUUAUAAGGAUGGACCAAGACAGAAGGAAAUGAACCUUCUCCUUGCCUUGCAUCAGCCCUGUGUAUAAAGCCAUUAUCCUCAGAUGCACUGGCCACCCCAGUAAAUUCACUUCAAAACGGUCUCUUUCUCCCUCCAGGACCACUGCUUGAAGAAGAAUAUGUAUGUUUCUAUCUUGUAUGUAUGUCCCCCCUCCCUCCCUGAAAGCGCUGACUAAGGGGAAAUCUUGUAGCUGUUGAUUUUAGACACAGAGGAGUGGAAAUUAUGUGGAAACAGCAAACCUGAUACAAUUUGCCCAAGGUAAACAGUGUGGACAGACAAAUGAGCCUGCCAAACUGUACAGGUCCUGCCCCCAGAGCUCUUAGGUAUCAAAAGUGUUCUUUCCCCCUUCCCUGCUUUUCUGGUUGAGAUCUGUCAUCGAUGGACUGCCAGAGUUGGGGGAGGAGGGUGGAGACCUGUGUUUACAUCUGUGUUUCUAUGUGUUUUAGAGACGAUACAAGGCCUGCACUCUUAUUUCACUAAGGAAAAACUAAUGUCAGUACACAUCGCUAAUGACAGUGGAUUUUUUUUUAAAUAAAAAAGUUUACAGAUCAAAUGUGAAAUAAAUACGAAUUGAAUGGUC